CAUACAUACUAACCCAUUCGACAGUCAGUUUUUCGUAUUGCAUUCAGCAAGUUGUCUCCAGCUCCCCAGUCCCCAGUUUUCCGCAAAAUCCCGUCAGCUGGUUUGGAAGUGAUGAUGUCGUCGCGAAAGAAGCUUACACCCAUGUUGAACGACUAUCUGUACGAGGCCAUAAGACGGGUCGCUAUCGAACAGGGUUUUACACCGGAGCUGUUUUCGGUGGACUUUGACGAGGAGACUGCCAUCGAGUGCGAUGGGUUUGUGUAUUUUGUAUUCAAAGCUAUCGUGAAUGAAGACGAUCGCGAGUUUGUGCUGUGGUGCAAAGUGCCUCCGAAUGAUGACCAGCGAUCGUUGGCUCUGUUCAAACGGGAGGUGUUCUUCUUUCGGGAGAUUCUGCCGGCUUUCUACAAGUUUCAAACGGUGAAAGAUACUUCCCGAGAAAAAGGAGCAGGGUUUUAUGACAUGCCAAAGUGUUAUCUGGCUCAUUGUGACACGGAAAAGGAGGAACCGGAGGCUGCCAUAAUAUUGGAGUACGACGAGAAUCAUGAAAAAUGGGACUGGGAUAAACUGAAGCCGAUCGAUUUGGAUCAUUCUAAGGUGUUGAUGGAACAGCUGGGUCAGUUCCAUGCCAUUUUAUUCGCAAUGAAGUCCCAAAAACCUGAAUUGUUUGAAAAGUUCACGUCACAGGAUGCCCUUGUUGGAAAUGACGAUUUAGAAACGUUGAUGGAGGAAUCGUUUGACCGGGCGACGCCAACUAGGAGAACACGAUUUGUAGCAGAACAGGACACGGCCAGUUCAGAAACCAAUGAGCCUUAUUGUGCUGACAGCCAUAGUGAUUGUUGGAUCGAUAAUCUUAUCUACAAGCAUAAUGAGAACAACGCCGCCACAAAUGUCACCCUCACCGACUGGCACGCAAGCCCCCUCCUGGACCUUAGCUACUUUUUCUUCAUCUGUGUUGGGGCGCAGUUCCGCAAGGACAACCUGCUGCAGCACUAUCACAACGCACUCGAGAAGCUGCUGGACCGCUUGGAAGGUAACACCGCCACACAGUUUCCCGUUGCCGACUUGCUGCGGAUAGUGCAAUCCUACCGGCGGUUGCUGAAGGACGAAUAGCUAUGUGUUGAACAAAAUAAAGCGCCACCGAAGAGCGGAAUGUUCGGUCGAAUAAAUCAUCGAAACAGAAAGUCGGUCGUUGGUAUCAGUUAUUUGUCCUUUCCGGCGACGCAAUCCGUUGUCGCCGGUGGAGUACACACCCAAAAGUGAGAAUCGAUUUGCUGGGAAAUGAUUUUUUUCUCGGUUGGCUCUGUGAGCCAUUUGUGGUUGGGACGGAACCACUUUUAGACAGAGGAAAAAUAUGGUCUAUGGAAUGUGAGAUAAGUACCUCUAUAACUUUUGUGAGGUUUUUCUGAAACGGUUGAGGGUGUGAACCAACCCUUGGAAGAUUGGACCAAAUGAAGAGAUAUUGAUAUAGAGGGUAGUAUGAGAAACGCACUUAUGAUAAUGUUUAUUUGCUAAUGUUUCACCGAGAUUGAGUUUCUUAAGUUUCUAUUUGGCAAGAAAAACAACCGGUUGAAUCAAUCUCUAGGCAGAAAGUUUGAGAGAGAAAACAACUCUUGUGAUAUGUCGGAUGGUAUCAAAUUGUUACGGACAACCUUAUCACAGUGAACCAUUUGGUACCCUGCAUGCUGCUAUGAUUUAUCGUGGUUUCUAAGCAUACUUGAAGAGCAAGUCGAUGUCUCCAAGAACCAUAAAUGCUCCUUGGGCUUCCAUCAAAACAACAGCACCCGAGUGAUCACUACAAGGUAUCACUACAAGGUCCAUGGAAACAGGGCAACGACAUCUACAUCUACGCGUGGAAAGUUAUAAAAUUCAACCAGCAUGCUCGACAGUUUUGCUCGGAAGCAUGCUCGGUUUCCCAACUGGGGAGUAUCCCAUAUCUCAUGUUUCAAACCACGGUUGUUGAAGCUAACCUCAUCGAUGAAAACCAAAUUGUAUAUGUCCCACCGGAAGGAAUGGUCGUUGUUUGAUGAUGUCGAAGAUGUCUUUUGAUUUAAUAUUUUUGGAUCUUUAAUCAGUCGGCGAAUAGGAAUUAAUUUUAAGAUAAAAGAUAAAAGUGAUUAAAUGUAAAAAGAUAAAAUUUAUUAUUUUAGAAUGACUUAUUUGUGAACGGUCUUCUUUUCGGCAUAAUUGAAAAUAUGAAUAGCGUCCCAUCAUAAACAUUCCUUAACGUAGCUUUCUGAUCAAUUUGGAUAAAAAAUGAAUUAUAUGUAAAUAAAAAACCCAAUAGGUGUCGCAAAAACGAACUGUCUAUCCAAACCCAUUGUUUCACUCUAACCAUUCAAUGUCUGCCAACGGAACCAAAGCAAUAAAAGCAAUCAAAUCUAAUGCAGAAUGCUUUGCUUGGCGCAUUGGAAACCGAGAGGCCACCUGACGAAAGCAGAUUUAUCUCCAUUGAUUCAGAACUGACCCUGCUUUUUGUCAAACCAUCAUUGGGGGUAGGGGUGGUAAAAAGGUGUGGAAUUUUACCCAUUUUCAUUCCAUUGAUAUCAUAUUUUUAUCCUUUUCAUCGAUAUUUUUUCCGAUGGAAAUACCUUUGAAAGGAUUAUGGCAACUGACCGCAAAUUUAUUAGGAUUCUGACUUAUUUUUACCCUUCAUCGGGUGUCCUCAAGAUUAAAUCCCAUUCCAGCGGGAUGGUUUGCUUGCUUGAGUUUGACUCACUCAUCUGUUUCUUAGUGCCGCCGUGACCAAUGAUCAGUUGAUUUUUUUUAACGCAGCACAUCAACCAGAACUAAGACGAAAUGGAACCAGCAAGAAGCAAUGUUUUGUAGCGAGGGACUUUUGGCUUCAUUAUCAUUAUCACAUCACAUUAUAGCUUUUAUUA